UCCACAUGCACCCUCCCCCAGUUUGUUAUUAAUUUCAGAACACAUCUGAAUUCCUUCUCUGUGGCAUAUGCUUAAGUAAAGGAACAGAUAGUUCCUGGUCAGGGUCAAAUUUCAAUUUCUCAUCUGUUGGUAUCAAUACUGUUACCAGAUUCCUCUCUGUAGCCAACUUUUCAGAUCUUCUCUGAGCACAACGUGGUGUUUGAAGAUCCAUAAAGUGCCUCUGGUCAUCAUUCUCUUCACAGAAUCAGUCUGCUCUCUGGGAAAAACAUCUGCUGUACUGAGCUUUGCAUUUGGAACCAACUUUUCCCUGGGACCUGGUUGAAAGCAGUUCUCUGGUGCCAUACUUCCCAGCAUGGAGGUGAAGAACUUUAAGGUUUGGGAUUAUCUCGUAUUUGCAGCCCUCUUUAUUGUUUCUUCUGGAAUCGGAGUGUUCUUUGCUGUCAAGGAGAGAAAGAAGGCAAUGGCAAAGGAGUUCCUGGUGGGGGGAAGACAAAUGACCUUUGGUCCUGUGGCACUGUCUCUGACAGCCAGCUUCAUGUCAGCUGUCACUGUCCUGGGCACCCCUUCCGAUGUCUACCGCUUUGGGGCCUCCUUUGGGCUUUUCGCCAUUGCCUAUACUUUUGUCAUCAUCUUCACAUCAGAGCUCUUUCUGCCUGUGUUCUACCGAUCUGGUAUCACCAGCACUUAUGAGUACUUACAGCUGCGAUUCAACAAACCAGUCCGCUAUGCAGCAACAGUCACCUACAUUGUGCAGACGAUUCUCUACACAGGAGUGGUGGUGUAUGCUCCCGCCCUGGCGCUCAAUCAAGUGACUGGGUUUGAUCUCUGGGGCUCCGUGUUUGCAACAGGAAUUGUUUGCACAUUCUAUUGUACUCUGGGAGGACUGAAAGCAGUGGUGUGGUCAGAUGCAUUUCAGAUGGUUGUCAUGAUUGUGGGCUUCUUAACAGUUCUCAUUCAAGGAUCAGCUCAAGUUGGUGGACUUCACAGUGUGUUAGAGCUAUCAGCAAAUGGAUCUCGACUAAACAUAAUUGACUUUGAUAUAGACCCUCUCAGGCGACACACUUUUUGGACAAUAUCAGUGGGAGGAACUUUUACCUGGCUCGGAGUCUAUGGAGUUAAUCAGUCAACCAUCCAGCGAUGCAUUUCUUGCAAAACAGAAAAGCAUGCUAAGCUAGCCUUGUACUUCAACUUGUUGGGUCUCUGGAUCAUUCUGUUUUGUGCUGUCUUCUCUGGCUUAAUCAUGUACUGCUACUUCAAAGACUGUGACCCUUGGACUUCUGGCAUUGUCUCAGCACCGGACCAGCUGAUGCCAUAUUUUGUCAUGGAGAUAUUUGCCUCAAUGCCUGGACUGCCAGGACUUUUUGUGUCCUGUGCCUUCAGUGGAACUCUGAGCACCGUGGCUGCCAGCAUCAAUGCCUUAGCAACAGUGACCUUUGAGGAUUUUGUCAAGAGCUGUUUUCCCCAUCUCUCCGACAAGCUGAGCACCUGGAUCAGUAAAGGCUUAUGUAUCUUAUUUGGUGUGAUAUGUACCUCCAUGGCUGUGGCUGCAUCCCUCAUGGGGAGCAUCAUACAGGCUGCACUCAGCAUCCACGGCAUGUGUGGGGGGCCGAUGCUGGGCUUGUUCACGCUGGGGAUCGUGUUUCCUUUUGUGAACUGGAAGGGUGCACUAGGAGGCCUUCUGACAGGGAUCAUCUUGGCAUUUUGGGUGGCCACUGGGGCCUUCAUUUAUCCCGCACCAGCCUCCAAGACAUGGCCCUUACCUUUAUCGACAAACCAGUGUGUCCCAUCAAAUGUGACAAAGCUUGUGGCUCCGGUGCUAUCUAGCAGACCUGCAGUCGCUGACGCCUGGUACUCGCUCUCCUACCUGUACUACAGUGCAGUGGGCUGCCUGGGCUGCAUUGCUGUUGGAGUAAUCAUCAGCUUCAUCACAGGUCACCAGAGUGGCAAGGAUAUUCAACCAAUGCUAAUUCGACCCAUUUGCAACUUAUUUUGCUUUUGGUCUAAAAAAUAUAAAACACUGUGCUGGUGUGGAGUUCAGCACGAUGGUGGAACAGAGCAGGAAAACCUUGAGAAUGGCAGUACCCAGAAACAAAGAACUGAAUCUGUCUUACAGAACGGACUCAGAGGAGAAAGCCUGGCCCCUGUCUCAGGUUAUGAUCCCAAGGACAAAAGCUACGACAAUGUGGCCUUUGAGAAGAUUACCCAUUUCUAAGGCAACACGUGCACGCGUGCGCACACACACACACACACACACACACACACAGAUCCACAUAAUCCACAUACUUCUUGCCUUUGGUUAGUUUUGUGUAGUUGCCACUGCUAGAAGACAAGAAUCUCUAUGUCUAUUUAUACUUAUUUAUAUCUACAAAUAAAAUGAGUGUUCCCCAGGAUAGUCUUUGGAAGAUCCAAACUUUGAAGAGAGAACAGUCAAGCCUUAUGUGCCCUGGCAACUUCCUUCUUGAAUAAAUGAAGACUGGAUUUCACCAUAGUACAAGGAAUUAUUCUCUUUGUUUUGCUUCGUGUCAUAUUAAACUUCCUUGUUUUGGUAGUUUUUUAACCAUCAGAUAUUUUGGAGUUUGGAGGCUGACUGAGGAUGGGGAUAAGCAUAUUAAAUGCUUCUCUGUCUUUGCCGAUGAAACAAGGGAACGGCAUCUACCCUACCCCCAUACCUCACAUAAAUGUGGACACAUCCUACAUUCUCCCCAUCCCACAGCUUCAGGUGGAACACACAGCUGCUGUUAAUACCCUCGCCACACAAUUAUUUUUAUGUCCUCUUCCAGUCAUUUCUCCUACUUCAGCCGUCCUAACCAAGCCUUAACAAUAAUUGUGCUGAGUGCAGGAGGAGAGUGGAAUUCCUGGUUAGUGAAAACAAUUAUAACUAAACACUUUUCCCACUUUGGGCAUUCAGUGUUGUAUUUCUUCUCCUUUUUUAUCACCUUACAAUGAAAAUUGCUUCUGUGCUCAAUAA